AUGACAACCGAGAUCUUCAGGGAAUUCCACUCCCCCGACAUUCCAGACACAGUCCUCAUCGAGGCCGCCCAUCUCUUCAGUCACCACUACGGCACCUGGAACACACCUAGCGGCCGCCAAGGUGGCAAGAAAGGCGAUCAUGUCAAACUGAGCGCGUCUCGGCUACGGAGCCAGUAUCUGCCGACUGACGCCCGCUGGUCUUAUGUCAGUGUUCAUGUCGACGACACCCUUGCCGGAAAUGCAUUUGCCUGCCGGUGGGACUACCAAGGCCGGCAGGUCUGCUGGAUAACCCAGCUUGUCGUCCACCGCGAGUAUAGGGAGCGUCGACUCGCGACUCGCCUCCUCAUGGCACUUCGGAGAGUCGAGGAUCAGAUCUUUGGCAUCAUGAGCUCCCAUCCCGCGGGUUGCAUUGCCACUGCCAAGGCAUAUGCUGACUUCUACUUUCCGCAACUCCCACUCGGUUUUAUGCAGACUUGUGCGAGGGACAUCAUGGCCGGCUCGCCGAUCGCCUACGUUCAGAAUGCAGAGCAGCAUCUCACGCCAUGA